AUGGCCAACCAAGGCUCCAGCAACACCGAACAAGGAAUUCCUUGGGAUCGACUCAUCCAAUUCGCAAAUAGCAAAAAGGCUGAAGAAAAGAUCACCGGGAAACCUGCACAGCUGGAAAAGCAGCAGCUUGCCGCAAUCGCGAUGCUCAUCGAACUUGUUAAGGACAUUGAAGUUGAUGACACCUGCGUGAGUCGGCUUUUUGAAUACUGCCAGCAGAAAAAGAUCACAACCCCCAAAUUCACUUCAGAGACAUUCAAUCAGUCCGUUGCGGGUACAGUUAUCCCGCGAUCUCGCGUCAUCUGCACAUUGCCAUCCAACAACCAGCAGUUCCCCCAAGAGGGCUAUGGCUACGCUUUUGGCGAAGAAAUUCCAACUUUCAAAAAGGCACAAAAAGCGAAGAACUUUGCAGCUAUGCAGGCACUCAACUGGCUUCAGGGACAAGGCCCAACAUCAUCUAGAGGCGAGAAGCGCCCAGGUUCAGUCAUAGGGGAAUCUCCUACUCGCACGAAGAGGAGGACUGAGGACGAAGACAACCCUAACGGCAGUACGCCGGUUUCAAUCACGGGAAAACAUCCCAAUCAGACCAAGACCGAAGAGGAGAACAACUCUGACGGCGGAGCGCUGACGGCUGAUUCUUCGCAGGCCAGUGAUCCUACGCCGGCUUCGACUGCUGGCAUUCAGGGACCUACCAUUCGUGAGCGAGCUGCUAAGCUUGGUGUUGAUAUGGAAUUCGGCAUCCCAAAGUAUUUCGUUGAACAAGACAACGAGGGAGAAGACACUUGGAAGGGGCGGCCCAUCUUCCGGCACGAUGGUAGAAUUCCUCCAGACACGGGCGUUGUGACUGGGGUUAAGGGACGGCAGCAGGCAGAGGAUUUGGUUGCACAGAAAACUCUCGAGUGGCUAGAGGGUGAAAAGAAGAACAGGGACACGCUAUAUGAGCAGAUGAUAGCUUCUGUUCCGAGACCAACUUGA